CCAGCUUUGGCUUGGCUCAGAUUCGCUAUUCCUUUCCGGUUUGUUCUUUUGGGUGACUGUGUCGAUUUAGUUUUAGCUCUGAUCAAAUCUUUUUUCAUCUUCCAAAAUGAGGAUCUACAAGGAUAUUUUCACUGGUGAUGAGAUGUUUUCUGACACCUACAAAAUGAAACUUGUUGAUGACGUCGUCUAUGAAGUGUAUGGCAAGUUGGUCCAACGGAAAGCUGGUGAAAUUCAGCUAGAUGGUGCCAAUCCAUCUGCUGAAGAAACUGAUGAAGGAACUGACGAGGCUGUUGAAUCUGGUGUGGAUGUUGUUUUGAACCACAGGCUUCAAGAAACUUUUGCCUUUGGUGACAAAAAGUCAUACACUCUUUACCUUAAGGAUUAUAUGAAGAAGCUCGUAGCAAAAUUGGAAGAAAAAGCCCCAGAUCAAGUUGACGUUUUCAAAACCAAUAUGAACAAAGUUAUGAAGGACAUUCUGAGCCGGUUUAAGGAACUGCAAUUUUUCACAGGAGAAUCAAUGGACAUUGAUGGACUUGUAGCACUUAUGGAAUACCGUGAAAUUGACGAUCAAUCUGUGCCAGUUCUUAUGUUCUUUAAGCAUGGCUUAGAAGAAGAGAAAUUUUAAUGGUUUUAAUUGUGCAAAUUUUUGAUUAUUUUAUUUAGGUAAUUGAAGACUGCCGAUCGACCGUGUAAAAUCAUGUAAUUUGGUUCUAACAAUGAACGAUAGAUACUUCCACAUAAUAUAAUAAUUUAUUCAACAAAUGUUGCCUCAAUAUUUCUAUAAAAAUCAGUGCUAAUGUGAAAAAUGUUGUUCAAUCGAAAGCAUCAAGCAACUGUUGAAAUAUAUACAACGAAGUUGUAUUGAUAGCCAAUAUAGAUAGCUUCAUAUGAUUAAUAUCAUAAUUUAAUAAUAAAGGGAAGAUAGAAAAAGAUAAGAUAAUCAGGCAAGAUUUGCUGUCGUCGAAAUUGAUAUCAAGUGGUUGAAUGUUUUAAAUUGAAGAACAAGUCCAUAAACAAUAAAUGCAAAAUACUUUUUAUAAUUACUCAGAGUUUAUUUAUUUUAUGUGAUUUACUGGUUUGAUAUGACAAUUUUUCUAGUUAAAAUUUGUAAAUACUUAUGGAAAAAAAUAUCAUUGUUUUCAAAGUUGAUUUAUCUUUAUAAUUUUACUUAUUUAAAAAUAUUGCCAUUCACUGUUAAUAGUUAGUUAUAAUUGACUAAUAAGAUAUUGUAUUGCAAUUGAGAAUAAAAAAAGAAAACAAUAAUUUAAUUACAGCCUUUUGCAUAA